AGACAUUGUGAGCUGAGAACUGAAAAUAAUCUGUACCGUUUCCAAACUGCAGGUGUUUAGAGGGAAAAAUAAAAUUAAUUUCUAUAAUAUGGUCUUCUACUUUACAAGUAGCGUUGUGUCACCCUCAGUAACGUUAUUUAUGGGUGCUGAUAAACAUGAAAACGAAGAUUUAAUAAAAUGGGGAUGGCCUGAAGAUGUCUGGUUCCAUGUGGACAAAGUAUCCUCAGCCCAUGUUUAUCUACGUUUAGCUCCUGGUCAAACAAUAGAUGAUAUUCCCAAUUCUGUUCUUGAUGAUGCCUGCCAACUGGUUAAAGCAAACUCUAUAUUGGGUAAUAAAAUGAAUGACAUUGACAUAGUUUACACCAUGUGGUCAAAUCUUAAAAAGACACCGUCAAUGGAGGCAGGACAAGUAGCAUUUCACAAGGAUAAAGAUGUUAGAAAAGUACGAGUUGCAAAACGAAGUAAUGAAAUUGUUAAUAGACUAAAUAAAACAAAAAAGGAAGCAUUUCCAGACUUCAGACAAGAAAGAGAAAACAGAGACAGGUCAGAAAGAGAAGAUAAAAAGAAACUAUUGAGAGAGAAGAAAGAAAAAGAAAAGGAAGAAGAAAAACGGAAGAAAGACGAAGCAGAACUUAAGAGUUAUUCGACAUUGAUGAAACCAGAAAAUAUGACAACAAAUUAUGAUGGAAAUGAUUCUGAUGACUUCAUGUGAAAUUAGAUAUAUGUAUAAAUAAUAAGACCUGCUUUAAAUUCAAUAAAAAUAGUUUCUUUACUCAGACAAAUGUAUUCCAACAGAGUUCAAGGAAUCUGUAACCCAAGUAGGUAUAUUACCAUCACUAUAUAUUUCAUUUACAAAAUUCUUGACAAAUUGAGGAAAUGUCCCCUUUUCUAUAUUUUCUCUCAUAGCCUGCAUGAGAUGCAUCUGAUAAGCAAUGUUGUGGACAGAUAUAAGGUGACAAGCCACUGUUUCCACUGUUACUAUGCAGUGUAAAUAGGCUCGUGUAUAAUUCUUGCAGGUAGAGCAUGGACAAUCAUUCUCAAUAGGGUUUAAAUCUGCCUCAUAUUUUUUUUGUUUCAAAUUAAGUUGACCUCUUUUUGUGAGUGCACAUCCAAAUCUCUGUAAAAUAACAUAACACUGUUUAGAUAACAUUGUUUUUGUAAAAUUAUACAAGUUUACAUACAAGCUACUUACAGCUGUACGUGUUGGUAAUACACAAUCAAACAUAUCUACACCAAGAGCAACACAAACAACAAGAUCAAUAGCCAAGCCCACUCCCAUUAGAUAUCUUGGUCUAUUCUUGUCUAAUAUACUUGUACUUAAACUAACCAUGGGCCAAAACAAAUCCUUUGAUUCUCCACCACUCAAUCCUCCGAUUGCAAAUCCAUUUACAUCUUUUGUCAAGUGAUCAUUGGCACUUUUCUCUCUCAACUCUGAGUUUAAUAGACCUUGAACUAUAGGAAAUAUACUUUGUUCAGAUGGUCUUUUAUGAGCUUUUAGACAACGAUCUAACCAUCUGCUAGUUCUCUCUGUUGCUUCUUUAAUACGAUCAUAAUUUUGGAAAGUAGUUUGAACUACAUCAUCAAGCUGCAUAAUUAUAUCUGCACCAAUACAGUUUUGAAUUUCAAUUGAUUUCUCAGGUGUUAACAUUAUUUCUGAGUCAUCAUAUGGUGAUUUAAACUUAACACCUUCCUCAGUUAUUUCUGCCAGUUUGAGCAAUGACACCAUUUGAAAUCCUCCCGAAUCAGUCAAGAGUGCCCUAUUCCAAGACAUGAAUUUGUGUAGACCACCGACUUUCUCCAGGACUUUGGUACCGGGGCGAUUACCCAAGUGAUAAGUGUUUCCUAAAAUAAUUUCACAGUCUAACUCUUCAAGCUGUUCAGGUAGUAAUCCCUUCAUCGUGCCCUGUGUUCCUACUGGCAUGAAAACAGGGGUUUUAACAGUGUAGUGUGGUAACUUCAUGAGACCAGCGCGAGCUCUUGUAGUUUUGCAUUCAGCAUGUACGUGAAAUAACAGAGCAUGUGAUUUUGAACCCAUUUUUAUUUUCCUCCUUCGAUGCACAAAUGUUAACCUAACAUUUAUCAAAGGUACGUUUCUACCAGAUAUAGCUACUAGUGUCUUUAACAAAUCCACCAGCUUUAAUUUUCAAAACCUAAAAUUAUUUUCUUUUUACGCUGUGAAGUAUUUUAGG